UGUGUCCCUGCGCAUGAAAAAUGGAGAGCGAAGGGGCAAAGCUACCUGUACCGAUAUUCAAAGACAUUAGGAGGUAUUAUUGCGAGUUCUGUGGGAUUUGUCGAUCGAAGAAAUCGCUAUUAGCUUCUCAUAUGCUCACGCACCACAAGGAGGAGAUGGAGGAAAACGAAGAUACAAAAGAAGAAGAUCAUGAGCAGAAAUUGAAUGUAUGCGAAGAGUGCGGUGCGAAUUUCCGAAAGCCUGCCCACUUAAAACAGCAUCUGCAGAGCCAUUCACUUGAGAGGUCCUUUAUGUGUCCUGUCAACGACUGCCAGUCCAGUUAUAGAAGGAAAGAUCACUUGACCAGACACAUGCUUAAACACGAAGGCAAGCUGUUUGAAUGCCCUGUUUCCGACUGUAAGUCGAGAUUCGCGUAUCAUGGGAAUAUGACACGCCAUGUAAAAGAGUUCCAUGACGAUGACGAAGACGACUCAUCUCGUACGAAGAUCGAUCAUCCUAAAGAAUGUGCUUGUGCAGAACCCGGGUGUGGUAAGGUGUUCAAGUAUCCUUCCCAAUUACGUAAACACGAGGAUUCUCAUGUUAAGUUGGAUUCCGUGGAGGCGUUCUGCGUUGAACCGGGCUGUUUGAAAUAUUUCAGUAACGAUAAGUGCCUUAGAGAGCAUAUUAGGUCUUUUCACCGUUACAUUAUCUGUGAGACCUGCGGCAAGAAACAGUUGAAGAAGAACAUUAAGCGACACAUUCGCACACACGAAGGAGGUGUUUCACCCCUGAAAGUUGAAUGUAAUUACGAGGGAUGCUCACUAACAUUUUCAACGGCAUCUAAUCUCAAACAGCACAUUAAAGCCGUUCACUUGCAGCUUAAACCAUUCGUCUGCGGCUCACCCGGCUGCAACAUGAGAUUCGCAUUUAAACAUGUGAGGGACAACCACGAAAAAUCCGGAUGCCAUGUCUACACUCCCGGAGACUUUGAGGAGUCGGAUGAGCAAUUUCAGUCCCGACCAAGAGGUGGAAGGAAAAGAAAGUAUCCGGUCAUCGAGACACUUAUGCGUAAAAGAAUCGUUCCACCUGAAAUUGAAAUAGACGAAGAACAUGGUACAGGAAUCAGCUGUUGAAGGUAAUCAAUCGAUCUACAUUUAUAUAUAUAUAUAUUUAGGAUUUCAUGGUUUGAUUUUAGUAGAAACAUGACAAUAAUUGAAUUUUGGUGUACUAAAAGUAGUAAGAUAUGAUGAUAACAAUUAAGGGAGUUUUAGUUUUUGUAUAAAUUGUUUUUGGGUAUGGCAAUUUUUUAAUUUUUAGUUUAAAUAGUAUUUUGAUGUGAAUGUAAAAAAAAAAAAAUACUCCCUCAC